AAGAGAGAGAGAUUAACACACAAGUAGUAGUAGUUCGUUAGUGGUUGUUUGUUGAUCUGCUCACCUAAAUCCAUUUAUUGCUUAUAUAAAUUACACCCCAAUUGGGUUCUCUCUCUCUCUAAAACCCUCCUCUCUCUCCCUUUACAUUGCAGAACAACCCACCUUUCUCAGAUCGCCAAUGGCGGGAUUCUUAUCUCUCCUGAGGCGCAUAUACCUCACCAUUUACAAUUGGACCGUCUUUGUUGGAUGGUUUCAGGUGCUGUAUCUUGCUUUGAAAACUCUGAAAGAAUCUGGCCAUGAACAUGUCUAUGAUGCCGUAGAAAAGCCACUACUUUAUGCCCAAUCCGCCGCCGUUUUGGAGAUUCUUCACGGUCUAGUAGGUUUGGUGAGAUCUCCAGUCUCCGCAACACUGCCACAGAUAAGCUCAAGAUUGUAUGUAACUUGGGGCAUCUUAUGGAGUUUUCCUGAGACUCGGACUCAUAUACUUGUUAGCUCUUUGGUCAUCAGCUGGUCUAUCACUGAGAUUAUUCGGUAUUCUUUCUUUGGCACAAAGGAGGCGCUUGGUUCUGCACCUUCUUGGCUGUUGUGGCUCAGGUAUAGCACCUUUUUGUUGUUGUAUCCAACUGGCAUUACAAGUGAAGUUGGUCUAAUAUAUACUGCUCUGCCGUACAUUAAGGCAUCUGAGAAGUAUUGUAUAAGGAUGCCCAACAAAUUGAACUUCUCUUUUGAUUACUUCUACGCCGGAAUCCUUGCACUUGGAAUUUACGUGCCAGGCAGCCCUCAUAUGUAUGGUUACAUGCUUGGGCAGAGAAAGAAGGCCCUCGCCAAAUCGAAAAGGGAGUAGAAUACAGGAUAAUUUUUUUCAGGUUGAAAUCAUGGUUUAUCAGAAGUUGUAUGUGUAGUAGUGUAACAUCUCUGUUGAUUAAUGCUUUGGGUAGUUUUUUUGGUUUGGAGGCGUUUAUCAAUGUGUUUGUGUGUGAGAGAAUGCACAUGUUGUUGAGGGUGUUUGUAUCUCCUAAAAAUUCAUAAGAAGGUUUGAUUAGAACUGAUUUAGAAAGUGGUUGUUGAGUUCUUA